AUCCUUAAAAUUACAACUCAACCUUAUUUACACAAAGAAACGGGAUAACUCACUUCUAUUUUUUUUUGUUUAGAAUGCAGACCAUGGAAGAUCAUGAACUAGGAGAUCAGGUGUUUGCCGCUGAAGCAAUAACCAAGAAGAGAAUUAAGAAAGGGAAAACUGAAUACCUGGUUAAAUGGAAAGGCUGGAGCCCAAGAUUCUCAACCUGGGAACCAGAGGAGAACAUUCUAGAUCCUCGUCUUAUUCAGCAGUUUGUCAGGAAGGAAGCUGCUAAAAUAGUAUCUGUAGCUGAAGCUGCUGCCCUGAAACGAGGGCGGAAACCGGUCAAAAAAGAAGAGAAGGACGGACGAAAGAGAGCUAAGAGUGUGGGUCGGGAAACUAAAGAGGAUGACUCCGAGUCUAGUGAGGAGGAGAAGGAGGAGGAAUCUCCGAAACCUGCGUUCCUGAUGCAAACCCUGUCCGGGAGAAAUCCUAAACCUCCGAAGAGGUAUGAGGAGAAGGAGAAGAAGAGGAAGAGACACAAGAGCUCCGGGACUAAAUCUCACAAGGACUCGGAUAGUUCUGAAGAGGAUACACCUCCAAGUAGCAGAUCUAAUACUCCAGGUCCUGGUAUAAAAAGCCCCCGCAAAGGACAAGAUGACCUGACUCGGAUCAGCCAGAGGUUUGAUCAACUCUUGGAGAACCACGAACCUAACAAGAUAAAAGAUCUAGGUUUAUCUCUCAAGAUUAAAGACCCAUCAAUGAGUCCACGCUCAAGGGAUCCUGGACUAAGUCCUAGGAUCAAGGACUCGUCUCUAAGUCCAAGGAUAAAAGAGACAGCUCCAAGUCCAAGAAUGAAAGAACCUGCGAGCCCCAGAAUAAAAGAAGUCCCUGCUAGUCCCAGGAUACAGGAGCCUCCAGCUAGUCUUAGACCGAAGAACGCAUCCAUCAGUCCUAGGAUCAAGGAACCUCUAAGUAUCGGAGUAAAGAAUCUAAGUCCUACGAGGGAAAGGAAGGAUAAAUCUGUCAGCCCAAGGGGAGCUCUCAGUCCAGACCAAAAGCGGAGUGGUAGCAGUUGCAGUGACUAUAGAGAAGAUGGAACUAAGAAAGCUAAGAUCGGGAUAGCGAUCAAGAAAUCCCCGAAUUCUGAUCGAACUUUCGAGAGUCGGCUCCUGGAUCAGGAUGUAGACGAUACUCCGGUACUGAAGAACAAACGUCUGGAGAUUUGUAUGGAGAGUGAAUCUGACAGUGUUGCCUCCGAAGAUGACGGAGGAAAGAAGGAGGAGAUGAAAAGAUCUAUUUUUGUAAAACGUAAAUCUGACGAAAACAAGAUGGAGACACACAAAAGAUCCAACCCGUUCACCUUUAAGGACACCAAGAAGAUUGCUCAGGAGAUCCUUGAAAGGAAGAAGGAAGAGAUGAAUCUCUCCACUCCGAUUUCAAAGCUGACGAUCGGAAACAGGAAAUCUGAUUCGGCCGGAGAAUCGUCUGGACCGUCGACAGAUUCUUCCACAGACGAGGAUUCAGAAUAUGAGAUUGAGGACAUUUAUCAGUUAAAAGAAUGGUAUCCACCUGACCACUGGAAAUCAAGACCGGAGAACAUGUCCCAGGAUACUAAUAGAAAUACGGUAACAAUGGUUGAGUCGAGAAGCUCCAGUGGAUUCUUCAAGAAGGAGAUGAGAAUAGAAUCUGAUGCGAGUGAAUUUAAAUAGAUGUCUUCCUUUCACAGAUUUUUCAUCAUUUAGGAUUGUAUAUAGAGUAAUUUAGGCAAGAAAAUUUUACACGCUGGAAACAUCUUUUAUAUUGCUUUUAAUUUACAAAGAUACUUCCAAAGACAUAAUUUUCUUUGCUUUUAUUUAAUUAUAUUUUUUAUAUUUUUAUCAAUUUCUUAGAAAACAUGAAUAGCUAAGUAUAAAUGUACCAUGCAUGUCAAUUUCUCUAAGGUUAGUCUAAACCUUUUUAAAUAUUAUUAGCUUAGUCGAUUAUUAAUGUCAGUUUUAAAUCUCAAUUUUUCAAUUAUUGUAAUUAUUGUGUAAAUUUUACAGCAAUGAAUUUUGUUCAUGGUUUGGUUAAAACUGCUAAAAAUUGUUUUAUUUUUUUUUCUUAUCAGAUUUCUUCUCCCCCCCCCCCUUACCCUCUGCCCUCAGUUUAGCCUCUCUAAACAAUUUACAACAAUGUUUAAAAAAUAUAAAAUAUUCAAAAUUAAACCAAUAAUAUGAGGAUUAAAAAGCCAUUUCACUCGGUAUUUCUGCUAAGAGAUUUAGCGUGAAAAUAUGCUCAUGUGCUAAUUCCUUAAUUAGCUUUGUUUAAUUUCAAUUCUUCAUUAAUACAGUGAUAACCAGAAAAUACUCUGGAAUAGUAAGACUAUUUUGCCCUUAAUUUAUGACUUUAAAUAGUCCAAUAUUCAUGGGAUACAACAAUUGUUUAGAGUAAACAGACCAAUUUUACAUUAUUUGUGAUUUAAUAUGUGAAUAGUAAAACUAUUUGCUUUGUAACAACAUCAAUUACACUUAAGUAUUGCUGUAAAAUCGUCUUCCUAUUUCAGAGUUUUCUGGUUAUCACUGUAAUACUACAGAUUGGUAACCGUGCAACUAUGGAUAUUUUCAUUCAGGCAUGAAUUUAUUUUUCUACUUGACUUGUAAGGAUUUCAGACAAGAGUAGGAAUUAGGCCAGUGGGUUUAAAUGGCGGUAAUUCUCUUGUCAGACAUAAAAGAAAUUUUAUUAUCACCAAAAAAAUAAUAGUUUUACUAAUUUCUAAUCUUUCAUUGGAAACCCCAUCUAAAAUUAUUACAUUGACCUCUAUUGAAUAAGAAAUGUCGAGUUAGUAGCAGUUUUCUUAAAUGAAUCUCUUUGUACUUGUAGACUAGUGUGUUAACUGUUUAUAGAAUUUAGUUAAUAUUAACAUGUAAAUCACAAUUAUGUAAUCUUCAUGGAAUAAAAUUUUAACCUUU